AUGGCUCCUGAGAUUAUGGACUCGUCUCCUCCCGGCAACGGAAAGCUCACAGUGAAAGUCAUGACCGAGACUUCCUCUUCAAUCGAAUCGACUGACUUCAAAAGCUUGAGGGCAGAUUUUGCGCCUCUUUUCAAUCAGAAUAACAUUGCCAAAAUACUCAGCGUUGCUGAAGCAUAUCUAGGGGAUAACGAGUCCCCGACAAAUUUUCCGGAGACAGUCCCUCAGGCUGGCUCUAAUCAAGGGAUAUACCAAUGCAGAAAUGCUAGUUUCUGGACAUGUGGGUUCUUCCCAGGGAGUCUAUAUAGUCUCCUCGAGAGACUACGAAAGUAUCCUGCAACAAGCAAUUCAGGAGACUUUUCCACUUUGUUCAACCAAAAUCUUAUCACUCAUCUCACCGAUCUAUGCCGCAAAUGGUCUGCGCCAUUGAAUGCCAUGUCCUUUCGGAAGGACACUCAUGACCUCGGUUUCAUCGUUCAGCCCGCCCUUCAAAGAGACUGGGAGCUGUUUGGUCGUCAAGAGAGCUUAGAAUCUCUGCUCAAUGCAGCCCAAAGUCUUGCCAGCAGGUAUGACGCUCAUGUCGGGGCUGUUAGAAGCUGGGACAGCUUUUCAAAUGCGCAUCAUAACAUCACGAGUAUGGAGGAUGAUUUUUUGGUGAUUAUUGACAGUCUGUGCAAUCUUGACCUUCUUUUCUACGCUGGUAACUACACGCAAAACCCUCAUCUCAUUUCCAUCGCAUCAACCCACGCCACCACCCUUCUCUCGACCCAUCUCCGCAAGGAGACUAUACCGACCAAGGAGACAUGCUACUCAACCUACCACGCCGCAAACCUUUCUCCACGCACGGGAUCUGUUAAGCGAAAGCUCACGGCGCAAGGCUACUCUGAUGACUCGACCUGGGCCCGUGGUCAAGCGUGGGCGAUCCUAGGCUACGCACAAGCAUAUUCUUGGACCAAAGAACGAAAGUUCCUAGACGCUGCAAUAGGUCUUGCUGAGUACUUCGUGCACCGACUGGAGACAUCGCCCAACGUGGUUGAAGAGGACGGCCGGGGGCGAUAUGUGCCCUUGUGGGACUUCGACGCACCUAUCACUUACACCACUGUCGAUGGAAAGCAAGCCCCAUUGAGAGAUGUUUCUGCCGGCUUGAUCACUGCGAAUGGGAUGCUGAUCAUGUUUGGACAGCUCUCCGGCACGGGUGAAUAUGAGUCUGCGAAGCGGUACUUGGAUUAUGCCUUGCUUAUUGCAAAGGAUACUAUCGCGUUGGCGUAUAAUCGCGAUGAAAUGCGGCUGGGUCUUGAUGAAACGGGCGGAAUCCUAGUCGAAAAGGUCAAUGGGAACCGUUUUGAUGCGAUCUUAGGGCGUUCAACUGCUAACUUCAACGCGAACCAUGCGGAUCGGCAUUGGGAUCAUGGGUUGGUGUAUGCGGACUAUUACUUCCUAGAAUUUGGAAAUCGCCUGCUAGAUAUGGGGUUGAUUUGA